AUGUCGAACGUAGAGAAACCUUCUACUGCAUUGAUUGCUGCUGUGACUAAGGCGUUGGCGGAUGCUCUGAGGAUUGCUAUUCCACAAGUUACCACUCCUAUUACAAGCCAGCCUGAAUCUACUUCUCAAGUUCAACCCAAAGCUCCUCCGUUCAAGUAUCAAGAAUAUCGUUCAUCCGACGGAACGACAGUCAACGAUUAUUUCAAGAGAUUCGAGUGGGCAUUACAACUAAGUAAAAUUUCGGAAGAAGAAUACGGUGAUUUAGCUCGAGUAUAUAUGAGCUCAGAACUUAAUAAUACUCUAAAAAUUCUUGUUGCUCCUGAUACACCAAAAAAUCGUACGUAUCAACAAAUUCGCACUGUUUUAAUUGCACAUUUCGACGCCAAGAAAAAUAAAUAUGCAGAAAGUGUUAAGUUCCGACAAAUUGUACAGCUACCGAAUGAAUCCACUGCUAAUUUCUCACUACGAUUAAAACAAGGGGCUACGUUCUGCGAAUACGACACAUUUCUCGACAGGGUGCUGAUUAAACAGCUCCUACAUGGUCUCACCGAUCGUGAUAUGCGCGACGAAAUAAUCGCCAAGAAACCUACUACAUUCAAAGACGCUUACGAAAUAGCACAUACAUUGGAGUUAACUCGUCAAACAGCGGAUGAGGUUACCUCUACUUCUAAUAAGAUACAUGCACUAUCUUAUUCAACGACGCAUUUCAAGCAUAAACGGAAUGCUUCACAUACGUCGCGCGGUGCUUCUCGGAAGCAAGAUCAUGGUGAACAACAAGUGCUCAUUGAAGGCCACAAAUUAAAUAUGGAAUUAGAUUCUGGUGCACCAUAUGGUUUCAUUGUUAGCGAUACACUUCGUAACCUCAAACCUAAUUUUCAAUUACAGCCAACUUCUAAGAAAUUUAUGAGUUUCUCACAACAUCGCCUCAACUGCAUCGGGACUUGCUCUGUUAAUGUCUCAUUUGGUUCUACAUCUCGUCAACUUCCGGUCUACGUUAUUCAAGGCUCUUACGAUUCCUUAUUUGGUCGUGAAUGGAUCGCACAAUUCAGUCAUGAAAUUGAUUGGACCGAACUCUUUUCUCCAAUCAAGGUUAAUGCCCUUUCUACUCUUCCAUCUUCAUUAACUCGUGAUCAACAAGCACAGCUGGAUCAACUUUUGACAAGGUACGCUGAAAUUUUCAGUGAAACAGCUGGAAAGCUUACCGGACCUUCAGUUAAGGCAGUUGACGCUAAACUUGCGUCUGGAUUUUACAAAAAAGUUGAUUUUUCCGAGUGGGCUUCGCCUACACGCGUCGUUAUUAAAAAAAAUGGUGAUAUUCGUAUAACUGGAAAUUAUAAACCUACGUUGAAUCCACGUAUAAUAAUAUAUGAAUGUCCUAUUCCAAAAACUAGUGACAUUUUCAACAAAGUAAAAGGAGCCAAAAUUUACGCACAGCUUGAUAUUACAGAUGCUUACACUCAUCUUCCUGCUGACGACGAGUGCUGUAACCCUCAAUACUCCUACACAUGGGUUGAAUUUUCGGGUCAUAAACUGGAUACACAAGGCAUUCAUAAAUCUGAUUCUCACCCCAAGGCAAUUCGCGAUGCACCUAAAUCGUCUACACCUCAAGAAUUAGAAUUGUUUAUUGGUAAAGCUACGUACUACAAUUCAUUCAUUCCUGACUUAGCUAUAAAAGCUCGACCACUUCGGGACAUGCUUCUUAAAUCAUCUUUUCAAUGGUCGCCAACUGCUUAUAAAGCAUACGAAGAGCUUAAAAAUAUUCUCAUUUCUCCUCAAGUUUUGAUGCCACACGACCCAUCCUUACCUCUCAUACUCGCCACUGAUGCAAGCAAAGUAGGACUCGGAGCUGUUUUAUCACAUAAACUUAGCAACGGAAUCGAAAGGCCAAUUGCUUAUGCGAGCCAUACAUUAACUGCUACUGAACAACGCUAUCCUCAAAUCGACAAGGAAGCUUUAGCUAUUGUAUGGGCCUAUCACAAGCCAUUGAUACAGAUUUUUCAUCCUGAAAAAUCACUUCCUAUUCUUUGUAUUAGUCGAAUGGUUAAUUAUGCUGAUUACUUAGCUCAUUUCAACUACGAUAUUAAGUUCAAGCCAACUAAAGCUAAUGCAAAUGCAGAUUAUUGUUUACGUGCUCCACUUCCUUCAACGGUUGACACUAUUGAAUAA